UUUAAGCCUCUGCGUGCGAACAAUUCGAUUCGAACCCGUACGCAAUUCACAGUGUCGUCUACUGAGUAGCGUAGCAAUCGUCGUCCCAUCUACAACCAAAGGCGGCGAUGGGCUGCUUCUCCUCCAUCCCCAUCGUCCGCUCAUGAGAUUCAAAAUUCCCAAUCUGCCCCUCCUCUCUCCCAAAACCCUAAAUCCUCUCACACCCAAUCCUCACAUGGCCUCCCUUCUCACCGCACCCGAAGCCCAAGCCCGGAAUCUCCAUUCGGACCCAACGCGAGACCUCGACGACGUCCUCUGCUCCGACCAACACCAGCAACAAGAAGAACAACAGAAGACUUUUGCCGAUACGGCGCCGUCUCGCUGCUUGAGCGGCGAGUCGCGUAUCGAGCGAGCAUGGGCUCACUGGUCGAAGCUGGGCCGGCCCAAAUUGAUCGUGGCUCCAAUGGUGGACAACUCGGAGCUCCCGUUUCGGAUGCUCUGCCGCAAGUACGGCGCCGACGCUGCGUACACGCCCAUGCUGCACUCUCGCAUUUUCACUGAGAGUGAGAAGUAUAGAGACCAGGAAUUUACCACUUGCAAGGAGGACCGUCCUUUAUUUGUUCAAUUCUGUGCUAAUGAUCCUGAAGUUUUGUUGGAGGCUGCGAAGAGAGUGGAGCCUUAUUGUGAUUAUGUUGACAUUAAUUUGGGGUGUCCUCAGCGUAUUGCUAGGCGGGGGAAUUAUGGAGCUUUUCUAAUGGAUAACCUUCCUCUUAUAAAAUCUCUAGUAGAAAACUUGGUUCAAAACCUUCAUGUCCCCGUUUCAUGCAAAGUCCGCAUCUUUCCGGAUUUACAAGAUACAAUCAAGUAUGCUAAGAUGUUAGAGGAUGCUGGUUGCUCACUUUUAGCCGUCCAUGGCCGGACAAGAGAUGAGAAAGACCAGAAGAAAGUCCGGGCGAACUGGGACGCCAUCAAGGCUGUCAAAAAUUCUCUCAGAAUCCCCGUCCUUGCCAAUGGAAACAUCAGGCACAUGGAUGAUGUUCACGACUGUUUGGAAGCAACUGGUGCUGAUGGGGUGCUUUCUGCGGAAUCUCUUCUUGAGAAUCCAGCUCUUUUUGCUGGAUUUCGAACUGCCCAAUGGGUACCAGGGAAUGAAGAAAGCAAGAAAGAUGGGAAACUGAACCAGGCAGAUCUUUUGGUGGAGUAUUUGAAGCUUUGUGAGCAAUACCCUGUGCCUUGGCGUAUGAUCCGUGCUCAUGUGCACAAGAUGCUGGGAGAGUGGUUUCGAAUUCAUCCACAUAUAAGGGAAGAUCUCAAUGCACAAUCCAUACUUACUUUUGAAUUCCUUUACAGUAUCGUAGAUCGGCUUAGAGAGCUUGGGGCAGGUAUUCCACUUCAUCUUAAAGAGACAAAUGCUGCAACUAUUUGUGCGAAUGGUUUGGCUAAUUGAACUGUGAUACUGGUUGAAUGAGGUGUUGUUUCAGAUAUAGGAGUCUUGCCAAAAUCAGAAUUAAGAAUCUAGUUUUCCGUUAGGUUUUUGUUAUCAUUUUCGAGUUUUGUAAUGUUAGGUUUCGUGGCUCUUAUUUAAUUUUAAUUCAACUGAUAUAAACUGAUAUAGGAGGAGAUGAAGAGCGUCUAUUUAUUUACCAUACUACAUUCUUUUGUGGUGAUGAUUUAGUGUAUUUGAGUCUGGCCCCUGAAAGGAAAGGGAGAAACCUCAAUUGAAUUAACAUCCCGUUGUGGGAGAAGGGUAUUGAUUCUCUGUAUUUCGACUCAA